GAGCCGGCGAUAGUCCCGCUGCUCUCUGUGGUCACGUGACAUGCACUUCAAGGGGGAACUUUCAUCGCCACCUUACCUUUGAAGUCAGACGAAAGGUAUCCACACAUCGUGUCGGGACUAAAGGAGCUUUUAGCUACCCGGGGCAUACUUCCACUACAUAUUACAUACAAGAAAAUAACAGUGGAAAGCGAUGAACGGUGUACUGCUGACUAUUUGAAUACUGAACAAAUAAGCUCUCACUGUCCCUAUCUAAAUAUCAAACACUCAAUAGUAUCAUGCGGAUAUCUAAGGAAGAAGCCCUGAAAGCGAUGGUAAAGAGUGGUGUACAUGGACAGGACUGGCCGAAACAUGUCUACGCCAUAGCACUUUACAAUGGCAAUGAAUAUUUCCCAGCCAGGAAUACCAACAGACAAGACCACGCAGAAGCUCACGCCAUCGGUCAUUUGCAAGGCUUGCUGAGGCGCAGACAACUCCAGCCAGGAGUAAUCAAGUUGUUUGUCAGUGCUUCCCCCUGUGGUGAAUGCAGUCAGAGGAUCAUCACCUUCCUGGAGACUGCCAGGUGGCAGCACGGUGUGCACCUGAAGAUAGAAGUCGUCUUCUCGUCGUUCUACCGCAUCCAACGGCCUUCCUGCAACCGUAGGAACUGCCGAGACUACAGGCACUGUCCUUCAGACGAUGACCACUGGACACAGGUGGAUGGACUGAAGAAGCUAAGAGAUACACCGGGUGUCUUCCUUCGCACAGUCAACCAGCAGGACUGGCACAACCUUAGAAAUGUUCUGGGCGUCUACAACAUUGGCUACAGAUGUCGAAAGAAGGAAGACGAAUUAUUAAAGAAGGAUUUCCAGGAAAUUAUGGGCGCUUCCUCGCCGCCUUUUCACGGGUUCCAUUUCAACAUGGGAUCACUCAGCGUUUGUUCGUUCUCCAAUCCAGUAAUGCUUGGAUGGGCAGGUUCAACGGUCAGCAUAUACUUCCCGUCAGCCUUUCUUUACUACUGAGUCCUCAACAUCGUCACGUGACUGACUUAAUCCCAACCCACCCUCCUGUCCUCCCAUCUACAUCUUCGAGCGAAAGCAUGGAAGACUAAAGACACUGUUUCGAAAUAUACAUUGAUCUUUGUUAGUCCUCUUUCUUGUCCAUCUUUCCCGCCAUUUGCCACUGCACUGAAAAAAAUUAAUGUUUCUUUUGAAGACGACAUCGACUACUUUUAUGCAUACCUAAUGAGAGUGAGCUGAUGUGACGACAGAAGAUGAAACUUAUUCACCAAAAAAUGCUCCGUUUGGAGAGACUGUAGUUGCUGGCUAGAACACUCGACAUGAACUGAGUCAGAUCGCUGCUUCAAAUAUUUUCUGGAAAACAGAAUUAAAAACGCUGCAUACCACUGGGAUUGUGUGAAUAAUUGAGAAGAUAAAAGGAUGGAAAGAAGAGUUUACUGUCACCUUACUGAU